AUGGGUUUCGGCGACUUCGAGGAGAUAUGCGCAAAGACACCGCUACCAUUAUGCCCUCUGGUAGGGACGGUGUCGCAGAUCAGCGGUACCCAUUCGACUUAUCCCGACUGCUACGCACGAUCGAUAGAGCUGGCGAACACGAUUAUCUUCGAGGGAGCGACGGGAUUUGCGCAUAUUCUGGCACUGAUCAUGCUGGUGAUUAUGAUAUUACAUGUUAGGAGCAAGUUCACUGCAGUGGGUCGGAAGGAGAUCACCUCAUUCUUCUACUCAUACACACUCCUCACAAUGUGCUCGCUGGUCAUCGAUUGUGGCGUGGUACCUCCCUCGAGCAGCGCGUACGCUUACUUCGUCGCGGUGCAAUGCGGUCUGGUCUCUUCGACUUGCAUUGCCUUGAUGAUCAACGGCUUUGUCGGAUUCCAGCUAUAUGAGGAUGGCACAAAACUUUCAGUCUGGUUGCUGCGAGGAUGCAGUGUCUUCAUGUUCGCGAUCUCCUUCGUCGUAUCGCUUUUGACCUUCCAAAGCUGGGGAGGUUUGGGACCAGAGAACACCAUUGGCUUGUUUGUGGUGGUGUACAUCUUCAGCGCGAUCUUCCUGUUCGUGUACAUUGUCAUGCAGGUGAUUCUGGUUGUCGGAACACUGCAGGAGAGAUGGCCACUUUGGCACAUCGGCUUUGGAGUACUGGCAUUCAUCAUCGGGCAAGUGCUACUAUACGCAUUCAGCAAGACCAUCUGCGACAACGUAGAGCACUACCUUGACGGAACGUUCUUCGCGACACUACUGAACCUGCUGGCGGUGAUGAUGGUGUACAAGUACUGGGACUCCAUCACCAAGGAGGACCUCGAAUUCUCCGUCGGCCAAAGACAGAACAACUGGGAAGUCAAGGACCACAACAUGUGCGAAGACAUCGACAAGAGAGGCACAUACUACCAGGAGAGCGACCACGGAAGCACAGCACAUUUCGCACAGCCAGGGCAUCGAGGCUCAGGGUAUGGUUAUUAG